AUGUUUGGAAGAUUUCGCAAAGAUGAAGCAGGUCACAAUCUUCCCGAUGUGAGCGGAGUGGAAGAGAACGAAGAAGGAGCCCGUGGAGACUUGGAAAAACAAGUGCGUGCUCGUGACGCCAGUAUUUCGGCUCUGGAAAAGACACGCUUGGAAAAGCAUCAAGAACUUGCUGCCUUGCAAAAGGAAUUGGAAGAAGAACGAUUGCGCCAAAUGAAGGAGGCCAUCUUGCAUCGCAUUGAAGUCGAACGCUUGAAGCGCCAAACAAAGGCUGUGGAAGAGCGUCUUGAAGCCUUGGAAAAGGACAUGCAAGAUAAGGACGCCAUUCACGAAUAUGCCAACCUCAUCAAGGGCGUUGCACCCAAGGGUGGUGUGGAUUCUCAGUACGUUAUGAAACUCCAAUCCCAGCUGGCCAAGGCCGUUAAGAAGAUGGACGCUACGGCGCACCAAAUGGCACAAGUCGAACAGUCUUGUGAGGAAGUUGUCACUUCCCUCAAGAAGGAAAUCUCCGAGAUUGUCGAAGACCGCUGUCGAACUGAACUCGAAUUGCGCAAGCAAUUGGAACUUUUGGAAGAACAAAAGGCUGACAUGCAAGCCGAGUACGACGACCGAAUCCGUGAAAACCAAAGUGAAUUGGAACGUCUCAAGGAAAAGGUUUCGGUCGAAACUUCGGUGGCUGAUUUGGAAAAGGAACUGGAAGAAACAGAAACCAAAUUGGAGCAGCUCAAUAACAUUCAUGAAAUGCAAGAGCGAACCAUUGAAGAAUUGAAUGAAACUCUGGACAAUGAUGGAGCCAAUGGUGGGAACUAG